GCGGCGGCAGCGCCCGCGCCCGAGCGCGGCUGGAAGAGCGAGAAAGUGGACGAGGCGCAGGCCCUGGCGCGGAGUUGCGCCGCCCGCAGACCCGACUUCCAGCCGUGCGACGGGCUCUCCAUCUGUGCCACGCACAGCCACGGCAAGUGCUUCAAGCUGCACUGGUGCUGUCACCUGGGAUGGUGUCACUGCAAAUACGUGUACCAGCCGAUGACCCCGGUGGAGCAGCUCCCGAGCACCGAGAUCCCCGCGCAGCCUCAGGAAGCCACCAACUCCAUCCAGAUCUCCGUCUCCCUCACGCAGCACUUUCUGAAGUUCGCGUCCGUCUUCCAGGCGCCCGUGCCCCCCGACGCCCCGAGGUACUGCACGAUCUCAGACCUGUUCCUCGACAACUACCAGGUGAAGUGCAUCAACGGGAAGAUGUGCUACGUGCAGAAGCAGCCCGCGCUGCCCGCGCCGCCCCCGGGCGCCGAGGAGGGCUCUGCCCACGAUGCCUUAAUCUCCACCGAGAGCAGUUCGCCAAAAAGAGAGCCCUGCGCCUCCCCGUCGAGCUCGGAGGACUCGGGGAUCAACGCGCUCGGGGCCCACUACGUGGAAUCGUGCGACGAGGACACGGAAGAGGGGGCCGAGCUGAGCUCGGAGGAGGAUUACAGCCCCGAGAGCAGCUGGGAGCCGGACGAGUGCACCCUCCUGUCCCCGUCGCAGUCGGACCUCGAGGUGAUCGAGACCAUAGAGACCACCGUGUGAGGCCCGGCCGCCGCUGCCCGUGCGGAGCCUUCCCCAGCCCCCUUCCAGUGCAGCGGCCAUUGUCGUACCCCCGCCCCCAGCAGCUCCGCCGUGUGCCCGGCUCAGCUUCUCACCGGGGUUCCCUCUGUGUACCGACUGACUUUCUCUGUAGCAAAAGGCACCGCAAAGCGCUGUGAGCCAGCCUUAAUUUCCCUGGGGUCGUGACAGGCGCUGCAGGGGACACUGCAGUGGGCGUGGGCCAGUCUGAGGGGCUCCCCAAGGUGGAGGCCCCGGCAUGCCUGCUGGCCACCUCCAUCUGUGUCAGCGCCCACUACCCCCUGCGGACACGCCCCUGCCCUCCUCCCACGCCUGCACUGGGCCCCAGGGAGGCCCAGCUGGAGCCAGCUCUGACCCCGGUUCCGCCCGGUGUCCACACGCCCUGCGGGAGCUAGCCCUUCAUCCCCUAGAGAUGGCUUCUUCCGUCGGGCUCAAUCCAUCUGUGGCAGAGCCUCCCUCUGCAGCCUGCUAACCACGGAAGAGAAGAGCCCCUGAAGGGGUGACACUGGCUAUCAGGACCUAGGGGGAGAGGGGAGGGGCCCACGGGGAUGCUGGUGCAGUAUCCCAGCGCGCCCCUGCUUUUUUUAAUUGUUCCUCCAAUCUGGGGCAACAUUUAGCAAGUUAUAUAGGUAUUAUAUUUAUGAGGCAGCCAUGGCUAAAGACGUAAGAAAUGAAAAAUAAUAGUUUUAGUUAUUAGCAUGGAAGUGCUAAAGCAAGCCGUCCUUUAGGGAUUCGGAAUGAAUCUAAUAGGUUUGAUGAAUUCUGCUUCAUUUGGUUGUAUGAAGCAUUAGAAUGACUUGGGUGAGAAAUGGGGUAGGAUUCCGUGUGAUGCAUGGGCUUGUAUGCAAAUGAAGAGCAGUUGAAACAGUUGGCUGCUGAGUCAGGAGAAACUCUUUUCUGUAAAAUGCAUCUGCUUCCCUAUAGCAAUCUUCAUGGUCUUUGCACACAGUGUCUCUCUCACACACACAGAGUAGCUGCGAAUUCCAAGUCCCUACCCAGCUCCAUUCUGAUCCUGUUCGUAAUCUCUGUUUGCAUCAGGCAUUCCUGCUGGGAGUUGGUCACCUACCCUUUCCCCACACCUAACAUCCGCGAGGCACCACUCCAAGUCCAGGAAAAGUGAAAUAGGGCCUCUGGAAGCCAGCACUAUCCAAAUGUGCUCCCUGCCUCCCGGCCCAGCUCUUCCCUCUCCUCGGUCACCCCCGGCGGAGCGAGUGCCUGCCCUCCCUGCAGCCUCCCUCUGGCCCUCUCCAGCGCCUGUGGUUUACUAGGACUUCUUGCCAGGCUGAGGGGCCAGGACCAGCCAUGGGGCGGAGUCGGCACUGGUAGUUGAAAGCCCUACAGGGAUGAGAAUGAAGCAUCAAGGUCCCCCUCCCUGAGAUGUAAAGGCUGAAAAGGCCCAACCCGCAGAAAAGGCCCAGGGUGGAAGGCCCAGGCCCAGGAGAGGGCAGGGGAGACUGCUGCAGGCCGGGGGCUUUCCCUUCCCGGGGCAGCUUCUCUGGUGCCAAGCUGAAGGCUGGCCUGGUCAGGCCUCUGCCUGUGAGCCAGUGAAUCUAUGGCCGGCAGGCGGGCGUGGGCCUGUGCAGACCACCUCCCUGAAUCGCCCUGGGUGGGCACACUGAGGGCUGUCUUUCUCUGAACAGAGACCAGCCACUGAGGCGCCAUUGCUGUGAAGGCACCUGCUCUCCCAGGCCUCACUCCUCCAACGAGGGCAAGGUUCAGAUGCAACCUUUUCUCCAGAAUACCUACGACAUUUGCCUGGGUCCCUGUUUUUUAAAAUUCUGAGCUGCCAUUCCAAUUAGCCACAGUUUUAAUGGAACUUUCAGAUUUAAUAAUGGUGGGUAAAUAUUUGCACAAUCUCUUUAUAAUUAAAAGCUCACGAAGCUUCACUUACUACUAUGUCUUUUAUAGAGCUGCUCCGCUGUAUUCUAAGUGUCAGAUGCUCCUGGAGCUCAAAACAGCCUUUCCUGGGUAAGCACAAGCAGGAGAUGGUUUCUGUCCUUGCACUUUCAAUAUCAGCAAUCCUCGGAGAAUCUUACGCACUGAACCAGUUGUUUCUCUGCUGCGCUGCAGAACUGGGGAGGACAUGAGCAGCUAUAGUGUCAACUGAAGCUCUACGCCUUUUCUGUCGUGUACUCUGGAAAAAAGUCUCUGUAAUCCUCAUGUUAUACUGCUAACUUGUACAAACAUAUUUAUGGGCACUUUAGAAAAUGUUUAGACUGCCAUGUGGACUGCAGGCACUGAACACAGGCAUAUUAAACAGCCUCUGAUUAAUGGUUGAACACGGAAAGCGGUGGAAGACUUACCAUUUUGACUGGGGAGUGCUUGGUUCCGCAUAUGGAACCAAAGGUGGGCCAGUGGGGAUAGAUGCACCCCUUUCCGAGGCUUUUGAGGACACCUGACAUUGCUCGCAUGUUUCCAAAGUUUGUAGAAGAGCUAUUAGGGAAGGCAUACAAAACAAAUCCUGUGUCAAAUGUAGCUUUCUAUUCCAGCCGAGAUUAGAAUUGACAACAGUUCCAAGCAUGCCCUUAACUUUUCUAAGAAAGGAUAAUGCCGUUAACACGCAUUUAUGGUUUGUAACUAUUUGGUACAUUAAAAAAUAUGGCUUUCAGAUCUAGCGGGGGGUGGUGUUGGGGAUUUGCUGCUUUGUUUUAUAUUGUGGCUUUUAAGGUUUACAUGUGAGGGAAAUUCUCAAGGGGGCUUGCUUUCCAGGGAGGGAAAGCCUUCAGCCCAGUUAAGAUACGAGACAAAGUAUGACCAACCGAGCCAGUCUUCUUCCUGACAUGCUUUUUGGGUUUGCCUAGGGUUUGAUUUUAUCUUUGGACUCCUGGUUUUCUUUAUGAACCUCCGCUUUCUGGCCUAUUUAAUACAUCGGGAUUCCUUUGGGACUGAUCAUAACACUCUUUCCCACAAAUUUAAUUCUCUACUUGGGUAAGAGGAGGCAACAGAUCAUUGAGAAAGCUGUCAAAACACUCGUAAACACUACUGGGCCAAAAAGAAAGAUAAAAACACAAAUUCAAUCAUAAACACUACUGGGCAAAAAAGAAAGAAAAAAAACAAAUUAAAUCAUUUAUAUAGUCACCUCUCGACUAUUCCUAUUUCUUGUUUGCACAAUUUCACGGGCACGUCUUGGCUUCUUCCACGAGGAGAAUGAGGUGUUCGCAGCUUUCUGCCGCGGCCUCCUCGGCGUUGAGCAGAGGGCGGGAGAGCUUGUCACCCAGGGACACUGUGCUGCUGUGAAGUACAAAGGCGCUACUCAAAAUUAAUUUAGGAAAUUAGAGUUGUGUGCAUCCCAGCCCUCUGUGAUGACCAUGGGUAAUCGAGAGCCUUACACCGGAGCAGGGCCGCUCUGAAGGCCGGUCCUCGCGAGAGCCUACCUGCUGGCCUCCACACCGUCAUCCACGCCAUCAUCACGCCACCAUCCACGCGAGUCUGUGCACACUUUGCAGAGCCGUUCACACUUUGCACUCCUCACUGACUGCAGCUGUUUGUAAAACCUGCCUCUUUUCAAGUGUGAAGCACAAUGUUGACUCUUCUGUAAUUUCCUACAAUUACCUUCUGUUUUCCUACAGACACUCAACCUUUGUGUAUAACACUUUAGGAAAAUACCUUGUAAAAUAAAUGUGUGUUUUGGUUUUUCCCCCUUUUA